AUGCGACCGAAGCCUAAUCCAGAUUACUACCACUGCUUGAGUGUCUGCCCACAUGCUGAAAAGCUCAACGCUUUUCCACCGUUUCGCGACUACGGACAGAUGGUGGCGGUCACAGUCGGUGACCCGAAAGUCAAGUUCCAAGUCCAUGAGGGCCUCAUCGUUGGUCAAUCUCGUUACUUCCGCUCUGCAUUCGACGGCGGAUUUCAAGAGGCCUCAACCAAGACUAUCCACAUAAGUGAAGUUUCGGUCGAAGUUGUUGAAGCUUUCCUCAACUGGUUGUACACGCGCAGGCUCCCUGAGAUUGCCACAGAAGCAACCCAAGCGGACCAAGACGAUCAGUUCGACCUUCUCUGCGAACUUUACAUCUUUGCCGAUGCACGCUUUAUAGUUGCUCUCAAAAAUGCGACUAUAGACGCCCUUUGUGACUCAUUCGCACGAUUCUGGACAUUUCCAUGGUCAGCGGUAAAGAUGAGUUAUGAGAACACUGCUUACCGGAGCUCACCCCUUCGCAAGUUUAUGGCCGACAUGGCCGCUCAGAGCCUUGGGGAGCUCAGGGUCAACCUGGAUGCACAUCGGGACUGGUUCAGGAAAAUUCCCGACUUUCUUAUUGAUCUUACAAUCCAUCUCAGCACGACAGAAGAUGAGGACACUUUCGGAGAUAGGAGGAGCCAAUGUUUGUGGGACGAAGUCCGAAAAAUCACGCCCGGUGAGACGGUUACUCUCGCCCAGCUCGGUACAGAAUGCGUCAAAACCAAGGGCCGCCCAUUUCGAGUAGCCGUAGAUACGCCCAUGGAGAUUUUCAAGUACAAAUGGUCAACUGCAAACGCAAAAGAAUAUGGCGGUAUGAAUCACCCGGUUCGGAACUUUUUCUUCCGCAUAACCCACCUUCUUACUGCUGGAGUGGAGCCGGUAUUUGUCUACGACGGCCCAGGAAAGCCCCAAAUGAAACGCGGGAAGGCCUCUAGUUACACCCCAUCUUUCAUCGGAACCGUGCUAGCCGCGGCUGCGUCCUCGAUGCGUACCAAGGAAGACAUUGAGAUGGAAUACGGUCUCUCACACGUCAUCCGGCUCACUAAGGAUCUGCUAGACUAUUUCGGCAUCCCGUGGCUCGAGGCGCCUGGUGAGGCGGAAGCGCAAUGUGCGCAGCUUGAAAAGGAGGGGAUCGUUGAUGCGAUCAUAACCAAAGAUGUGGAAAAGCGUAGUCGCCAUGUUAUCACGGCUUGCAACUACCGUAUGGAGGCAAUUAAAAACGGGACCAACGGGCUCUCGAGGGAGGACCUCAUUCUUAUUGCAGUCAUGGGAGGCGGUGACUAUGGCGGUAGCAUUCCCGGCUUUGGACCCCAGAUUGCCAUUCAAGCUGCAAAGGCUGGCUAUGGCAGGAAGCUUUGCGAAAUCGCAGAAUCUGAGGACAACGUUCCACAGAAGUUGACUGCAUGGAAACGGCAAUUGACCGAGGAACUGCGGACGAACUAUAGAGGUAAGUUCGAAAAGGAGAACGCGACGGUAGCGGGGAACAUUCCGUCGAAUUUCCCAAACCCUAAGAUUGUCAACUACUACUUGAAGCCCGCAGUGUCUUCCCCUGGCCAACUGGAUCGAUUGCGGGCGACUCUACGAUGGGAUAAAGAAGUCGACGUCACUGGUCCGAGAAAGUGGACAUACACUUACGUCGAUUGGAAAGGCAAGGAUUUCGGACGAAAGUUCGUGGAAAAGAUCGCUCCGGCACUCAUUGCCAAAAAGCUCCUGAUCCGCGCAGGAGACAAUGUGCAGGAAGGCAACCGAGCACCCUUCAGUAGAAUCCUCGAUACGAGAGAAGAUGCGUGUAAAGGUUACCCUCCCGAGGCUUGUGUCGAAUACGAUCCUCUCAGCAUCGUAGGUAUAAACCUAUCCGCUGAGCCUUAUAUGCGUCUCACGCAUUCUUUCGGUGUGAAAAGAGUCUACAAUCCGUUUAAACCCCAAAAUAAAUGGGUUCUAGCGCACCUCAUUGAGCGGGGAGCUCCGCAGGAGUACCAGGACUGGAAGCGACAGAAGCCAAAGAAUGCCGCUAGCUCUAAGCCCAAGAAGUCCGCUGGUUCUAAGCCCAAGAAGGCCGCUGGCCCCAAGCCCAAGGGUAUCAGCAAUACGGAUCUGGAAAAAACAGCCCGUCUUAACUCUGGCGCUGGAGGUUUUGAAGAAAGUGACCUCAAAGGCCAAAACUCGGAUCGAGCCCUCACCAAAUCACUGUCCAAAAAGAUGCAGGUGUCAGGAGAAUCAGGAGCGGCUGCUUUCUUAGGAUCGUCGUGCUUGACUACCACACAGCCCAUGAAGCGGGGCCCCGACCGGCCUAGAAAACAUCCUCAACUGGGCGAGAACGGCGCAGGCACAGAGCCUCUUGCGAAAAGGAAGCGGGGAAGGCCACGCAAAGACGCUUCUCUGAAAAUGCCAAUGAUUGAGGAGCCUUCGGGUGUCGAACCGCCACAAAAGAAAGCUUGUCGCCAUCAACCGCAAGCGUUGGCUAGAUUGGAGAGCGAUGACGAGGAUGAAAUCAUCUACAUGGGCAGUCGGCGGCGAUACGAGUAA